AUGAGACGUGAACGACUUAUAGCCACUUCACAUUUUGGCAGUCAAAGAAGCUUGUGGUGCGAGCUGGAAGAGGUUCGAGCUGCUGGUUUGUUGAAUAAACUGGACGAAGAGACAAAAAUGCGACAAGAGGCAUACUUCGAGGUGAUUACAAGAUCGAAAAGCUCCUUCUCUGUAAUCUCGAAUUCAGACAGAAAGCAAUUAUUCAGCAAUAUUUUUGCUGUUAGGGAUUGCAGUGAAAGGUUACUUUCUGACCUGGAGACACGCUUAGAGCAUAGCUUAGUGCUUGAUGACCUAUGUGGAAUCCUUCUGCACCACUUCGAAACAAAUUUUGACGUAUACAUCAAAUACUGCUCAAAUCAGGUCUAUCAAGAACGAACCCUUCGUCGUCUCAAAUCAGAGAAUCCCGCAUUUCUAACUGCUGUGUCCCGAAUGGAAGCUGACAAGCAGUGCCAAGGCCUUGAUAUGCGAUCAUUCCUCAUGUUACCUAUGCAACGCGUCACUAGGUAUCCCUUAUUGGUUUAUGCCAUACUGGAUCGCCUGAAAAGGGGAUGUGAUGAAUAUGAGGUGGCUACAAAAGCUCUACAUGCUGCCAAUAGGGUCGUAGGAGAAUGCAAUGAAGGAGCUCGAAGAAUGGAAAGAACCGAGCAGUUGCUUGAAGUUGACAGGCGACUCAUCUACAAAGACCCUGACCUAAAAAAAAUCGCGUUAGUCUCUAACUGCCGUUAUCUGGUUAAGCGAGGUUCACUUGUCCAACUGAUGGAGAGGAAGAAUAGAAAUAUUCUGCAGGUUGGUACUAUAUGUUUCAAAUUAUUUUGUUCUAAAACCUCGAGUCUUGGGAAAUCGUUGCUUUAUUCAUGGAAUAGCAUAUUUGAUUUGAUUUGAAA